AUGCUCAGUGAGCAUUUCGCAGCAUCCGUGUCGGCGGCGGCAGUCGCGCCCAAAGCUGCAUCUAACAGUGUCAAGGAUGUAGGCAUUUCCAUCUUCGAGAGCCAACCGCAUUCGGGCCAAAGAGCGAGCUUCAAGAAGAGCAACACAGCACCCAAUUGUCUGGCCGUCAGCCCAUCGCAUGUCUUCGCCGCCCAAGCCGACAAGGCUGUCGUCAAUGUCUACAACCGCGAAAAGNNGGGAAAUCAAGAGGCAACCGUGCCAUUUCAAGAGAGGAUAACAUGUCUGGCUCUGGCCUGUGACGAUACCGUGCUGGUCUUGGGUACCCAGACUGGUCGCAUCUUUGCUUGGGAGACACACACUGGUCGCGUUGUCAUCACAUCGCAAGCCCAUCUGCAACAAGUCACCGCCCUGGUCGUCGAUCCUACAUCAAGCUUCAUCCUGUCUGCCUCGGCUGAUGCCUCGAUUCACGUCUGGUCGCUUCCUUCGUUGCUCUCUUUCGCCAAUGCUGCCCUGCAAGGCCAGCACUCUCCGCUACACACCCUCUCAGGUCACCGUGCCGCUAUCACAUCUCUGGUCCUCGGCCACAGCGCUGGCUUCUGCAACAUUGCCGUCUCAGCGAGCGCCGAUCAGUCAUGUAUAGUCUGGGACUACCACGAGAACCAGCUCUUGCGCACCGUCCUACUGCCCGAAGUCCCUCGAUGCCUGGCUCUCGAUCCCGCCGAUCGCGCCUUCUACACCGCAUACGAUGAUGGAAGCGUCCAGAUGGUUGACUUCUACAGCGAUGCUUUCUCCGCUGCGAAUCCCACCUCGGUACAGCACCCACUCUACGAUCCUGCACAAGCUGCCAUGCCUGUACAGCCUCCUCCGCAAACUCGCUGGACCCCGCCUUCAGCUGAUCAAGGAGCUGCAUUGAGUGCUAUCCUCAGCUACGACGGAAGUAUGCUCAUGACUGGUCAUGCCAACGGAAACGUUCUCGUAUGGGAUGUCCCUCUCGGCCGAUAUUCUUCCACCUUCACCUCGGCGCCCAUGAUGGGUCCCGUUACGAAUCUCGUCUCAUUGCCUGUUCAAGGCUUCCCGGACGCUCGUCCUGCUCUUCUCAGUCAAGUCACCAUUGUCAAGCCCAAACACGCCGCUUUCGACAAGGCAGACCUUGACGGUGCUGUCCCAGGAAACUACAACCUGAGCAUGCAAUUUUCGCGCCAACUUCCCAUGCCUCACAUCUCUGCCUCUAAGAAACAACCUGCUGUGAUCGAAUCCGACUUCCUUACUGCUCUUACACAUCCAGUAUUCCCCGAGUCACUACUCGCCGACUCUCUCGCCGAGCUCGCCAGCUGGAACGGAUCCGCGAAGCCUCAGCCUAUUGCUUCUGCCCCUGCCACUGCUGUCGCUCCUGUUGCUGUCGAUGCUCCGGUCGCCGAGCAGCAAGCCUCGGAUUCGGCCGACUUCAUGUCUCUUGAUGCACCAGCAUCUACUUCAGGACCAACUGUCGAACAACAAAACGAGGCCCUCAAAGCCGAACUUGCCGCACUGAAGCGUGUCCAAAGAGCUAGUUUGNNGAAGCAAAUGGAAGCGCUACGGAAAGAGAAGGUUGAGCUGCUAGCCAAGAUCAGGCAGGACAUUGAUGACAACAUGGAGGAUGAGGUACACGAGAAUGAGAAGAGCGAGAGAGCAUGGGCAAGGCUGGCCUCGACUGGCGAGUAUGUCGAAAGCGAUGAAGAGUCGGAGUAA